AUGCCUCUCUCUCAGUCUUCAAUCGUUCGCAUGAUUGCCACUGCCCUAGCAACCCCGUUCAUCGGGUUCGGCCUCAACGCGAUCUUCAACCCUGACGGUGCUCUAGCCAUUUUCGAGCUCCCGUCUCCACCAGCAGACCGAGUCCUGGUGGAUAGUCUGAUGGCGGUGUAUGGAAUCCGCAAUAUUUUCAUCGGGUUUGCCAUCUACGCAGCUUCUUUUUUGGGCACCUCUCGGUCCUUGGGCUGGACGUUGAUCGGUGCUAGCGCCGUGGCAUUUGGAGACGGGGCCAUUUGUUGGACGCAUGGACACGGCCAAUGGGGACACUGGCAGUAUGCACCCAUGUUCACCUUGCUUGGAAGUCUGGUUUUGGGGGUGUUUGAUGGGCUUUGGACCUUUGUGACGGAGCAGAAAUAA